UCCUUAAAAACCGGUGCAGAAUGGUGGAAGGCACCGGAGGAGAGCCGGUCCCGGGUACUUUGGUUUCGCCUUGCAGCAUUCGUACUCUUUCCAAGUUUUCAACUGAACCUCUGAAGUAUGGGCAUAUUGCUUUCCCUCUUCUUCGUUUCUAUCUUUCUUUCUCUCUUCCUGUUAUUCAAACUCGUCACCUCAGAUGGGGAUUUCACUUUGAUGUCGAAAAGACAUGCGAAGCGCGAAGAAAUUGAAGACAAGGUUGUCUGGAUUACUGGAGCUAGCCGCGGAAUCGGGAAAACUCUUGCUAAACAACUUGCAAGAUUAGGUGCCAAGCUUAUUCUUUCUGCACGGAAUGAGGCUGAAUUGGAGCUAGUCAAGAAGCAGCUCAUGGGUAAACAUGCACCGGAUGAAGUGAAGAUUUUACCAUUUGAUUUGACAUCUGGAGAAGAUUCUCUCAAGGAGGUUGUAGAGAAAGCUGAAUCCCUUUUUCCGGGUGCUGGCAUUGAUUAUAUGAUCCAUAAUGCAGCUUUUGAGCGUCCUAAAAGUUCAGCAUUGGAUUCUACCGAGGAAAGCCUUAAGGCAACAUUCGCUGUAAAUGUCCUGGGGACAAUAUCUCUCACACGGCUCCUGGUGCCUUUCAUGCUAAAGCGGGGGAGGGGCCAUUUUGUUGUGAUGAGCAGUGCUGCAGGGAAGACACCUGCACCAGGUCAAGCUGUGUACUCUGCUUCUAAAUUUGCUCUAAAUGGAUACUUUCACAGCUUGCGCUCUGAGCUCUUCCAAAAAGGAAUCAAGGUGACUAUUGUAUGUCCUGGGCCAAUUGAUACGUCGAAUGAUUCCAAUGUAGAAGCCUCAGCAAAGAAGGGUUCCCCUGAGAAGCGAGUGUCAUCAGAACGAUGUGCUGAGCUCACUAUUAUUGCUGCCACCCAUGGUCUAAAGGAAGUUUGGAUAUCAUAUCAGCCUGUGCUUGCUGUUAUGUAUAUGGUGCAGUACAUGCCAACUGUUGGCUAUUGGCUCAUGGACAAGAUCGGUGCGAAUCGAGUAGAAGCUGCUGCACAUAAGGGAAACACAUAUUCAUUGGGCUUACUAUUUGGGAAAAAGAAGACAGCAUAGAUAGCUCUGUCUACCCAUCUUACAGACAUUCAAUAAAUGCUAGCACGUCUAUAGCUUCUGAAUUGUUCAUGCACCAACACAAAAUCUAUAUAGAGGUCCCUUUUAAGUCAGGACACAGAUGAAGUUCCAGGAAAGAGGCAAAGAUGGUAUCGAAGGUGAUAUUUUUUGUGUUGGAAGGGCUUGGAGCCAUGACAUUGUGCACAAUGCUGUGACUUUAUCUGAGUUGGAAGGAUAUCCCAUUUUAUAAUUGGAAAAGUUUUCUUACAAGCGAUUUCGCGCAUUAAACUGCACACUGAUGUUAAAUGUAAGGCAUCCGUUUAAUGAAACAGUGCGAAAUGAAGAAAAAAAUGAUUUUCGU